UUUUUGACAGUAGCAUUUCAAAAUGGCCUAACCUGUCAUUAAAUUUUCUUUGACUUAACCAUACCGUUGAUUUGUUAAAAAUCUUCUAACAAUGCUCGGUUGUCUACCAUCACGCUCGCUGUUUUUACGACCGAUCACAUUCAGCAUCCAAAAAAUCCGCAGUAACUACGAUUGCACCAGAAAAAACAUACUCUUAACCAAAGAUUCCAAAGUCAUAGUGCAGGGGUUUACGGGAAAAAGCGCCACAGAACACUCCAAACUCUGCCUAAAAUACGGCACGAAAAUAGUAGGAGGAAUCAACCCAAAGAAGGGCGGAAAGAAACAUUUGGGCUUGCCCAUUUUUGCGACCGUGGCUGAAGCGAAGAAAUGCUUAGAGCCUCACGCUACUUUGAUAUUUGUUCCUCCACCUGCAGGUGCCAAGGCAAUAAUGGAAGCCAUUAAAGCAGAAAUUCCUCUUAUUGUUGCCAUAACUGAAGGAAUUCCAGUACACGAUAUGGUUAGAGUGAAACACGCGCUCUUAAGACAGAGCAAAUCUAGGCUGAUAGGUCCUAACGGUCCUGGAAUUAUCUGUUCCGGAAAAUGUAAAAUUGGUAUCAUGCCUAACGCCAUACAUAAAGAAGGAGUAGUGGGGAUAGUGUCAAGAUCUGGAACGCUCACGUACGAAGCCGUGGAUCAAACGACGAAUUUAAAUUUGGGUCAGACGACUGUUGUAGGAAUUGGCGGUGAUCCAUUUAAUGGUACCAAUUUCGUAGAUGUAGUGGAAGUGUUUGUUCAAGACCCAAACACCAAAGCAAUAGUUUUAAUAGGUGAGAUUGGAGGAGUUCAAGAGGAACAGGCGGCGGAGUACCUCCAAAAAACGAACAGUGGGCCCAACGCCAAGCCAGUCGUGGCGUACAUAGCCGGUCUGAGUGCCCCUCCGGGUCGUAGAAUGGGUCACGCAGGGGCCAUCAUUUCCGGAGGCAAGGGAAAGGCUGUCGAUAAAAUAAAAACAUUGGAGAAAGUCGGCGUGAGGAUAUCCCCCGUUCUGACGAGAAUUGGAGAAACUUUGCAUGCUUUCAUGAAGGAGAAGAAGAUAGCAUAAGAUUAUUUUACUAAAUAUACGUUUCAUUGUAGUAAUUGGACAAUUUUAUUUAAAACGUACAAGGGCUAU